AGCUGGAGUGGCGUCUAGGACAGGAGCGUGGCGUGGAGCCCCAGAGCCAGAGCCAGGGUGGGGGCCAGGCCCAGAGCAGGGGAGCCAUGGGACUCACUAGGUACCACAGGCCCCUGGCUUUAAGAGCAGAGCUCCGGGACACGCCUGCUUCUGACAUCCAGUUUCGUCUGGAUCAUGAACGGAGGCUGAGAGCUGCGACUGAGGAACGGGAGGCUUUCGUUUCUCUUCCUCAGCAGGAAGAUGAGCGUCUGCGUUUGGAGGCCAAGCGGGGAGGUCUGGAGCUGCAGGGACUUCAGACUCAUGAGGUGCCCUGGCCUCAGGAGAGAGCCACGCUGCAACAAGAGGUCCGCCUCUUCCGACGCAACACCAUCUUCUUCUACAUGAAGCUCAGGUGGAUCCUCAUGCACUGGAGGCUUGGCCGCAAGGACGACCCUGGAGAGGAGAGAGUGCACCCAGAGUUUGAAAAGUUGGAGGGAAUCCCAGAGCUGGGAGUGAUAAUGGAGCAGGCGGAGGGGGAGUCGGAUCAAGACGACAAACUGUGUUUACCACAAACCCCAGGGGACGUCCCCGACCCGGGGCCCAUCAUCCCCCUGAUGUCACCUGAUCGACACCUGCGGCAUCAAAGACAGUUUGGGGAGAACCGGCAAGUGCUGCAGGCCCUGCGGACGCUGCUGGAAGAGUUUCGAGACGAGCUGCGGGAGGAGGAGAUGCGGCGAUGCCAACUGCAGCAGUCCUACGCCAAUGACAAAGCCGCCUGGGAGGUCAAGUGGGCAGAGAUGAAGUGCCAGUUUGCCCAGUUGGAGGAGAAGGCUCAAGGCGAGGUGCGAGGUGAAUCUCAGAGAGGUGAUGAAGGGGAACCUGUCGAAGACCCCGAGUGGGCCAUAAAACUGGAACGUGAGGAGCACCGGCGUCUGCUGGCCGACAGCCACAGCACCUCCCUAGACCUGCGCUGGAAACUGCAGCAUGGAGAGAAGAGGUGGAGCCGCGAGAGGGGCGACCUGCUGGAGCGCUUUGACCAAGAGCGGAAGGAGUGGGACUGCAACAUGAGGGAGCUCCACCGCAAGAUGGAAAGGAUGCAGAGAGAACUGAACAGCCGGCGAGGUGAGGGCAUCGACAUCAAAGAUGGUGGCUCGGACCACAGAGCUGUUUUCUCUCCUCAGGACAGUCCCUGCAAGGCCCCCCGGUCGCCACGCUCCCCCUGUACGUCCACCCCUAUCCCUGCACCCCCCAUGCGCUCCCACUCUGACUCUGAUGCCAUGCUGGAGGAGCAUGGGGCUGCACUGAGGCUGAAAGGCCCAACGGAGAACCUGUUCCUGGACGCACUGUCCCUGGACCCCCUCGGCAGCCUGGAGGUCCCUCCACCCUCCAGACUGGAGGGGGAGAAGAGGUUCCCCUGCAUGAAGGAGGCCCUGAAUGAGAUUUCGGAGAGAGAACUUGAUCCUUCGACCCCAGAGGACGAGAUGGGUGGUGGAAGUCUGUUCAGAGCUAAGUCUGUGUGCUCCAUGAGCGACUUCCAGCGGUUAAUGGACAGCUCGCCGUUCCUCCCUGACAAGACUCGCCACGGUGAUCUGGGCCAAGAUGACGCCACCCCGCCUUUGUCCCCAGACGACCUCAAGUACAUUGAGGAGUUCCAUAAUAAGGGCUGGGACUUCCCAUCAUCUGCCUCUGGCCUGGAUCCUGCUCGGAACAUGUGGACAGACAAACCCCCCGAGGCCCGGGGAGGGGAGCUCGUUGAACCAUUCCAGCCAGCGUCCUGGUUCCUCACCACCAGCGCAACCCUGACCACCAGCACCCUGAGCAGCCCUGAGCACUGCCACAAGUCCCCGCUGAGGGGCAACGGAGCAGGGGAGGCAGGGGUGGGAGUGGAGCACUAUGGUCAUCACAUGCUCCACAGCCCCACCAGAUCUGGGGCAGCUGAAUGCCCUAUUUCCCAAGACCCAGACUUUCUGUAUGCCAAAGGGACCAAAGCCAGGGGCGGAGGAGAAGCUGUGGUGGGAGCCAGCGGGUCAGAUGAGGUGUUCAGCAGUGGGAGGUGGGCAUGUGGAAUCCUGGAGGGUGGGGGGUUGAGGACUUCUCCUAGCCAGUCUCCUAUCUGCCCCACUGUGGGGUACACUUCUUCUCUGGAGCUUCAGCUCUCCAGAAACAUGAGUGACGACAUGAAGGAGGUGGCCAUCUCUGUGAGGAACGCCAUUCGUUCACCACCAGGGCCCAUUAUCCGAGACACCGCCUGCCAGACCAACGGAUUCACCACGCGAAGCACUCAGACCACCCAGACCAGCAAUGUGGGUCUACAAACGGACCUGUUGAGGAACCUGACCAGCAGCCCCCACCGCUGCCUCACCCCAAAAGGCGGAGGCACGCCUAUUUCUUCCCCGUCACGAAGCAUGAGGAAGGUUCAGUACUCUCCUGUCAUCCAAAGUAAGUUUGAGCGACCCUGCUGCUCGCCAAAGUAUGGCUCACCCAAGCUUCAGCGCAAACUGUCCACAUCCAACAAGGCUGAGCUACCCACUUCAAACCGCGCUCCCACCCCCACCACACCGCAGAAGGGCAACAGCGAGUCAGCGUGGGCCCGCUCCACCACCACUCGUGACAGCCCUGUCCAUACCACCAUCAACGACGGCCUCUCAAGUCUCUUCAACAUCAUUGACCACACCCCCGUGGCCUACGACUCCAUGCAGAAGUUCAACAAGUCCCCCAGUCGCUCUCGCCCCACCCCUCCCUCCACCACCGAGCCCAGCCCUGCACACGGGGCUCUCGCCACAGACCCCAGGACCGAGUGCUUGCGGAUUGCUCGUGGGCGCUCACCCAGCCCCGUGCAGCUGAUAGUGGAGACACAGGGGGACAGAAACCCAGAGGUGGUGAGCAUACGGCAGGACCUAUCGGCCCCGCCGGGCUACACGCUGGCUGAAAACACAGCCCGCAUCCUUAAUAAGAAGCUGCAGGAGCAGAGCUUUAGAGAGGAGAGGAGGCUGCAGGCUGGAGGACAGAGCAGCCACAGCAGAGACAGCAGCAGGCAGGCCGACUCAGACAGAGGACAGUCUGGAUGUAUGGAGGACCUGCCUCGCUCUCCGGUGGCUCCACCCCUGGACUCCUGCUUCCUGAGACCGGCCCGCCCGGCCAACCGCCGACCCCCCUCGCGCUGGGCCGCCCACUCCCCCUCCUCCUCCCCCAAGUGGAACGAGGGCUCAAAGAGGAGGUUCACCUUCCCGCCGCUGGGACUACGGAAGACCAUUCUGGAGGGCGAGGAGCCAGCUUGAGGCUGCCUCUACCUCCUGUCCCCCUCCUCUAGCUCAGCCUAAAAGACCCAGUACCUCAGAACCCCUCCCCUCCCCCCCAAACCUAGAGACUCCCAGUGCCGGAGCCUGAAGGGGGGUGUGAUCCACCCAGUAUCACCAGCUGACCAUCGAGGAACCAGAACCCUUUUUUUAAAAGAACUUGGAUGUACUGUAAUGUAAUCAAAGUAAGAUUUUAAAACUACAUUUCCAAAAGAGGUGCCUGCACACACUUGAGUUCCUCAUCACCCUACAUGUGCGCAUAUGUAUUUAAUAUAUAUACAUAUUUAGCCACAAUUCUGAACCUUUUUCAGGUGAAAACUGUAGGUCAGCUGUUGCAUUGGUAUUUAGUAUAAGUUUAUACCAUUUCUUCUCAUCUGUUUACACUUUUAUUUUUUUACGCUGUCCUGCAUCAAUUCAUGUUCAAACUAUUUUUUUAAUAAGAGCAAACCUUCUGUUUUUUGUUGCCAGCCUUUGAAGCCUGACUUUUCUGUUUAGUUUCAAGGAGAGGAAGGACAACACAAGCAAAACAAAC